CUGUCGGUGUAGGUCAAGACGAGUUAGGUCGUGGCCUGGCACUGCUCUCUGUCAACGCAAUGUCUUUGUAGGGCGGUUUUAUUCGGUCGACAUGCGGCCGUGACGAUGGGCCACACCGAUCCGCACUCUCCGCUCAAGUGCUUGCCGUUUUGCAAUCGUCAAAAAAACACAAGUGCCACGUCAUUUCGUUGUGAGGCGCUGCAAUUCUAUCUGCACUAGUUUUUUUUUUUUUUUAAUGUGAAAAGCGAGCGAUGGAUGUGCUGUUAGCGUUUUGAAAACACAGUUGGAACAAAAAGGCGGACGGACGGAUGUGUCAGGCAGUCCAACCGAUGGAGACUGCUGAUGCCGAUUGUCUAUUCGCCGUGGAUGCUAUUAGUGGUGGACUGAAUACGAAUCGUUCGACGCAAGAACAGUAUGACAACACGUCGCCCGUCCCAUUGGUCUUGGCUUUGGCUAAUGCCGGAAGGCGAGUGUUUGAGCCGCAACGAGUCAUCAGCCAUUACAAUCACGGACAAGACGAUAUCCUGCGAUUCGCAUCUCCCAGCAACGCCUUUAUCAAAACUUAUGCUGACGAUAGCGACACGGGAAUCGGAAUUUGCGGAUGGAUCUUGACCAUUCUCUGCUGGCUCCUCGUCCUGGUCACCAUGCCGUUCUCCUUCUUCAUUUGCUUCAAAGUGGUGCAGGAGUACGAGCGCGCCGUCAUAUUCCGGCUGGGACGUCUCCUCUCCGGCGGAGCCAAGGGACCCGGAAUCUUCUUCAUUUUGCCGUGCAUCGAGACUUACACCAAAGUGGACUUGCGUACCGGCGUCUUCGACAUUCCGCCCCAAGAGGUCUUGACGAAGGACAGCGUGACGGUGUCGGUGGACGCAGUGGUUUACUUUCGCGUGUCCAACGCGACCGUGUCGGUGGCCAACGUGGAAAACGCCCAUCACUCGACCCGGCUGCUGGCCCAGACGACGUUGCGCAACAUCCUCGGCACCAAGGACCUGCACGAGAUUCUCGGCGACCGCGAGACCAUUUCUGGAUCCAUGCAGGCAGCGGCGUUGGAUGAAGCCACUGAAUCUUGGGGCAUCAAAGUGGAACGUGUCGAAAUCAAGGACGUCCGAUUGCCCGUCCAAUUGCAACGGGCCAUGGCGGCCGAAGCGGAGGCGUCGCGUGAAGCACGAGCCAAAGUCAUCGCUGCUGAGGGAGAAUUCAAGGCGUCCACGGCGCUCAAAGAAGCGUCCAUGGUCAUUGCCGAAUCGCCGGCCGCUCUGCAAUUGCGAUACCUUCAGACGCUGAGUACGAUCUCGGCGGAGAAGAAUUCGACCAUCAUCUUCCCGCUGCCCAUCGAUUUCCUGACUCAGUUUAUGAGAUAAAUCAAUUUCAUAUUUAAUCGGUACGAACAGCCCGAGUCGAUCGAAAUUGUAUUCAUCAUUUCCAAACGGCGUUGGAGUAAUGGAACACUCGGCCGACAAGCGCAAAAAAAACAAACAAAAAAAAACAUUUUUCACGUGCCUGGCACAAAAGUGUGCCAGUAUAUUCUGUACGCACAAAUAAAACAUGCAUGUGUUGAUAGAGAGAGCGUGUUAACGUAUCCAACUCGGAUGCCAUGCACAAAGAGCACCCCCUUUUCAUUUCCCCUCUGGUUAUGUAGGCACACUGCUGCGCAACAUUCAUUUAAUUACAUUUCAUUUCUCGUCAUUGUUUUGACAUUUGUGGCUUCAAUUGUAUCGACGAGCCAGAGUGGCAUUUGUUCGUCCAGCAUCACUUUCUACACAAACGCGUUGUUGCCAUUUUUAUGUUGUCUCAUCAGUUCACUUGCUGACCGUUCAAUUCCGGACCAGAAACUUAUUUUUCUUCACAUGUUUUUUUUCGACAGCGACGUGUCAAUUGUACUUACGUCUUAUUGUUAUGUACUAAAUAUACCUUAUAUCAUCCA